CCUAACAAAAUUAAAAAAAAUGUUAAAACAAAAAAUUUACCAUAUCUACGCACUUAUUUUAUAGAAGAGAUAUAUAUGCUGUUCCCAUGUGACAAGGAUCGAACCACAUUGCAAAAUCACAUUUAAAAGAGAAAAAAUAACCAACAAUGGACAAAGUAAAUCCUAUCACGGUCGGCAAGGACUUCAAACUAGCAAUGGGAUCAUCUAAGUUCGUCCGUACGAAUCCCAAGUCGGACCGUUUCAGUGUGAAGCGGUUCCACCAUGUCGAGUUCUGGUGUUGCGACGCUACAAACACCUCUCGCCGCUUCUCCUGGGGCCUCGGCAUGCCACUCGUAGCCAAGUCUGACCUCUCCACCGGCAACUUCUCUCAUGCCUCCUACCUCCUUCGAUCUGGUGACCUUCAUUUCCUCUUCACUGCUCCCUACUCACCCAACAUCGCCACCGACUCAACCUCUUCUGCUUCCAUACCCACCUUCGACCGCUCCACCUUCCUUUCCUUCUCCGCUGCCCAUGGUCUCGCAGUCCGUGCUAUUGCGGUCGAGGUCGACGACGCCGAGUUCGCCUUCGCCACUAGCGUCGCCCACGGAGCCACACCUUCCUCUCCUCCCGUUUCUCUCGGAGACGGCGCCGUCAUUGCUGAGGUACGCCUCUACGGCGACGUCGUUUUGCGCUACGUCAGUUACAAAUCCCAGGACCCGAAUCCUCCGAGUUUGUGUUUCCUGCCUGGGUUCGAGCCCGUGGCUGCUGAGCCCGAAUCCUUGGACUUUGGGAUUCGAAGUCUAGACCACGCAGUGGGCAACGUUCCCGAACUGCUACCCGCAGUGUCGUACGUGAAGGGAUUCACGGGUUUCCACGAGUUUGCCGAGUUCACGGCGGUGGACGUCGGGACGAGUGAGAGCGGGCUUAACUCGGUGAUGCUGGCGAACAACGACGAGAGGGUCAUUAUCCCGAUGAACGAGCCGGUGUACGGAACGAAGAGGAGGAGCCAAAUUCAGACAUUUCUGGAGCACAACGAAGGGGCUGGGGUUCAACACCUGGCUCUGGUUAGCGAUGACAUAUUCAGUACGCUGAGAGAGAUGAGGCGGCGAAGUGGGUUGGGUGGGUUCGAGUUCAUGCCUUCGCCACCGCCAAUGUACUAUAAGAAUCUCAAGAAUCGAGCUGGGGAUGUGUUGACGGAGACUCAGAUAAAAGAGUGCGAGGAGUUCGGGGUUUUGGUGGACAGGGAUCAUGAGGGUACACUGCUCCAGAUUUUCACCAAACCACUAGGAGAUAGACCGACCAUAUUCAUCGAGAUAAUACAGAGAGUCGGGUGCAUGAUAAAGGAUGAUAAAGGCAAGAUGUAUCAGAAGGGUGGCUGUGGAGGUUUCGGAAAGGGCAAUAUCUCAGAGCUGUUUAAAUGCGUGGAGGAGUAUGAGAAGACACUGCUUGAAGCCAAAGUCGUGUCCUAAUCACUCUCGUUCAUUCGAUCUCAUCUGUGUACUAGAAAGUAAGCUUGUGUAACCACUUUGGUGCAGUCUUGCUUGGAAUAUAUAAUAUUAUAUCUAUACAAUACAUGCAAAUUUGAAUCAGUUGUUCCUUUUUCUUUAUUUUGUCCUUUUUAUACUUCUCACGCAUGUGCUUUUUUGCUUUAUCUUUCCCAUCUCAACUACUUAACAGCUGUUUUGUUAUAUUGUGGCAUUCUCAUAUACUUUUUAUUUAACUUUUUCAA